CAGCCCGCGGUGACUGUCCUCGCCUGCAGGGUGGACCACUGGAACAACGAGAAGGAGCGGCUAGUGCUGGUGACCGACCAGUCGCUGCUCGUGUGUAAAUACGACUUCAUCAGCCUCCAGUGCCAGCAGGUGGUCAGGGUGGCGCUCAGCGCUGUGGACACGAUCUCCUACGGUGAAUUCCAGUUCCCCCCGAAGUCCCUCAACAAGCGAGAAGGCUGUGGGGUCCGCAUUCAGUGGGACAGGCAGAGUCGUCCUUCCUUCAUAAACAGAUGGAACCCCUGGUCCACCAACUUACCCUAUGCCACUUUCAUCGAGCACCCUAUGGCUGGUGUGGAUGAGAAGACAGCAACUCUGUGCCACCUGGAAAGCUUCAGGGCUCUGUUGAUCCAAGCUGUCAAAAAGGCGCAGAAGGAAAGCCCUUUGCCCGGCCAGGCGAGCAGUGUGCUGGUCUUGGAGCGCCCUCUCCUCAUCGAGACCUAUGUGGGACUGAUGUCCUUCAUCAACAACGAGGCCAAGCUGGGAUACUCCAUGACCCGGGGCAAAAUUGGCUUCUAGACCACUGUGCCCAGCUGUGCGGAUUGGGGCUGGGGGCUGGGUGCGGUCCCUGCAGCGCGGUGAACCCCUGGGUGGUGGGAUGCAGACCCCGAUGUUGGGGCAACAGACAAGGCAGGCAGACCUAGCUGUCUGUGCCUCUGGCUCCUUCUGCCCCCUGCCUGUUGGCCUUCAUUGUCCCUGUGUGGUUUCUCCUGGUCCCUGCUGCACCCCUCCAGCACGCCCAGCCCCUGGCCACAUCUGCCCCAUGUGUGGACGCCUGGAUGGGGCCAGGAGCUGGUGUCUCCACACCACACCUGUGCACACGUUUACACUCGGUGUCAAAUUUUGUAUUUUGAAACUUAAUCCUUUUUUUUUUUUUUUUUUUUUUUU